AUGGACGGGAACAAGAAGGUGUGGGGUUACAAGCAGAGUCUCGUGCUCAACAAGAAAGUCAAGGGAAAGCCAGUCAAGACUGAUUGGCUCAUGACCGAAUAUUCCCUUAACAAGGACGUUCACGACGAUACGGUCUUGUGUUGGAUCCGAGACAAGACCGAGAAGAAAGGCAAACCAGGGUUCGUUGACCAGGUGCCUCAGGUGGCAAACAACAUCUUACCGAACCAAGUGGAAGAACAUGAAGUUGCUUUAACCGUUUCUGCUAGUGAGCCUGAGAUGAUGUAUGAGGGAGAACAUGCUGAGGUCACUCAACAGCAACACCAGCAAUAUACACCGAUUGUUCCUCAUCAACUUCCAACCCAAGUUUCGGAUUUUGCGACGAUGAUCGUGAAUAGCAACAACAACUACAACGACAACGUCACGAUGAUGGGUGAGGGACAACAAAUUCAACAACAACAACAACAACCUCAUGAUGACGAUUUAGGUUCCCAUGGCUUGGACAUGGCUGGUGAAGACCGUUUCGUUACCUACGACGAACUUUUCAAUACGGAAGGUGGCACCACUCAAGAACAAUAA